UCUCUCUCUACGAUAUAUCUUCUUCUCCUGUAAAAGCUCCCUCAGAUCUCUCUCUCUCUCUCUAUCUAGAUCUGAGAAAACCUCGUCCAAAUUCCUUCUCAAAACAAGUCAACAAUGGCUUCUUCAUCCCCCGCAAUCCUCCCAAUCUCAAACCCCGAAUCCACCACCACCGCCGCUGCACAGCCACCCAUCGCCACCCCAGCCUUCCGCGCAUUCAUCUCCAACAUCUCCGACACCGUCCGCAACGGCCUCUCCAAGCGCCGCCCCUGGUACGAACUCGUCGAUCGCUCCGCCUUCUCAAAGCCCGACUCCAUCUCCGAAGCCUCUCUCCGCAUCCGCAAAAACUACUCCUACUUCCGCGUCAACUACUUCGUUUCCCUCGCCGUCGUCCUCGCCAUCUCUCUCCUCACCAACCCCUUCGCUCUCCUCAUGCUCCUCGCCCUCCUCUCCGCCUGGCUCUUCCUCUACCUCUUCCGCCCCUCCGAUCCCCCUCUCGUCCUCUUCGGCCGCUCCUUCUCCGACAGAGAAACCCUUGGCGUCCUCGUCUUGUCUAGCGUCAUCGUCAUCUUCCUCACCAGCGUUGGAUCUGUACUCAUCUCUGCUCUUAUGGUUGGAUUCGCUAUUAUCUUCGCUCAUGGUGCUUUUAGGGUUCCCGAGGAUCUGUUUCUCGAUGACCAAGAACCUGCUGCUACUGGAUUCCUUUCCUUCCUCGGCGGUUCUGCCUCCAAUUCUGCUGUUGCCGCUGCAUCGGCUGUUGCCGCUCGUGUCUGAGGAUAUCGUAUCGAACCACUUGAAACGAGUAUGAUUAAAAAUUCAUAGUUUUGUAUUAUCAAUCGACUCAAUACUUUUUGGUAGAUAUAAGUGAUAAUGAUAAUAAAUAUGUUGGAAAUCUGGUAAUUCUUUAUAGGUGCUGUUUUAGGAUGUUUGUGUAUCAUUCGUUGAUGGAUUCAUUACUUCGUUCAAUUUUUCACAAUGAUGCAGAUCUGAAUUUGUGAAAUGAAAUUGUCAAAAUUGUUGCA